AACAUAUACAUACAACACCUAUAUAUAUAUACACAUAUAGAUACAACCACACCCAACUCCUCUCUCUCUCUCCUCUUUCUCUCUCUAACCAAAAAACCCUCACAAUGCUUCCCUCCUUCCUCAGCCCAACUCACCUGUACGGCCAAUACCUCCGCCGCCGCUUCAUCACGGCGGGUCUAACCUCCCAAACCGUCAAUCUCAACGGAGAAGACGAAACAAAGAUCCAAUUAUGGGCCCCGGACCCGGCCCAGCCCAAAACAUUAAAAAAGCCCGCACUGGUUUUAAUCCACGGAUUCGGCCCAGUAUCCACGUGGCAAUGGCAGAACCAGGUCCAAUACUUGGCCCCCAAAUUCGAUCUCUACAUUCCCGAUUUGAUCUUCUUCGGCGAAUCCACCACCCGAUCGAGCGAUCGGUCGGAGCAAUUCCAGGCGGCGGCGGUGGCCGGAGUAAUGGAGAAGAUGGGAGUGGAGAGGUACAGUAUUUUGGGGACGAGUUAUGGAGGAAUCGUGGCGUAUAAUGUGGCGAAAAGGUGGGGAGAGAGAGUUGUUAGGGUUGUGAUUGCGAGUUCUGGUUUGAAUAUGAAGAGAGAAGAUGGUGUUGAGUUGUUGAAGAGAGGUAAAGUGGAGAAGACGGAGGAGCUUAUGCUUCCGGCCACCGCUAAACAGAUGAGGAAUUUGCUUAGUCUCGCUGUGUAUCGGCGGCCAAAGAUGUUGCCGGAUUUGUUCUUGAAUGAUAUGCUUCAUAAAUUGUACUCAGAUAAAAGGAUGGAGAAGAUGGAACUAUUAAAAGGGCUAACUAUUGGAAAAGAUGACCAACCUCAAAUUUCACCAUUAGAAAUGGAAGUGUUGUUAAUAUGGGGAGAUCAUGAUCAAAUCUUUCCGGUGGAGAUGGCCAUUGAACUCAAAGAGCUUUUGGGAAAGAAAGUGAAACUUGAGAUAAUAAAGAAGACAUCUCAUGUACCCCAAUCUGAAAACCCUGCACUCUUCAAUAGUAUAGUCAACAAUUUCUUGUGUGAGUCAACAUAAUUAAUUAAAUAUAUAUUUUUUUAAUUUGUGGUGAUAAAAUAAAUAUAAUUAUUUGUCUUAUUGGGACCUUGUAUUUAUUUGUGUUGGAUUAAAGUUUUGUAUAAUUGCUUAGUUAAUUAUAUAUUUCUAUCCUUCAAUAACAACAUAUAUAAUCGAAUUCAGUAAAUUAUAUUUUAUUUUAUUUAUUUUAUUU